AUGCAGCAGCCCGGCGGUGGCGGCUUCCAGCGUGUGACCGGCCGAGUUACCUACUCGCGUCUGUUGGAGUUCGUCGAUGAGGGCUCCGUGAAGCGGGUGGACUUCUAUGAUUUGGGACGCACAGCCGUGGCCACUGUCUCGGUGGGCGGCCGUGAGCAGCAGCUCGUCUGCGAUCUCCCAGGAGCCACCACAGGUCUCAUCGAGAAGCUGACGGCCAAGGGCAUCUCCAUCGAGGUUCAUCAGCCUGAGAAGCCGAAUCCCUUGUUCAACGUGCUGGGUGACGUGGCUUUCCCCCUCCUGCUCAUCGCAGGACUCCUUUUCCUCCGCUCGCGUGCUCCGGGUGGCGGUGGCAUUCCAGGCUUCGGCAACCAGGGUCAGGCCAAGAUCAUGAUUACGCCUGAGACCGGUGUCAAGUUUGAGGACGUUGCCGGCAUUGACGAGGCCAAGGAGGAGCUUAUGGAGAUCGUCGACUUCCUGAAGGCCCCGGAGCGCUUCGUAAAGGUUGGCGCCAAGAUUCCGCGAGGUGUGCUGCUCACGGGCCCUCCCGGAACUGGUAAGACUUUGAUGGCCAAGGCGUUGGCAGGAGAGUCCGGUGUGCCUUUCAUCCAGUCCUCUGCUUCCGAGUUCAUUGAGCUCUUUGUCGGUGUGGGAGCCUCCCGCGUGCGCGACAUCUUCAAGCAGGCUAAGGAGAAGGCUCCCUGCAUCGUCUUCAUUGAUGAGAUCGAUGCCAUUGGUCGUCAGCGUGGCGCCGGAAUGGGUGGCGGCAACGAUGAGCGUGAGCAGACGUUGAACCAGAUUCUCACUGAGAUGGACGGCUUUGAGGGCAACAGCGGAGUCAUCGUCGUGGCUGCCACCAACAGGUCUGACAUUCUGGACAACGCCCUGCUGCGUCCUGGCCGCUUUGACCGCCGCGUACAGGUCGGUCUUCCUGACGUCCAGGGCCGCGCGCAGAUCUUGGAG